AUGGCCACUGUCGGAUCGAUGGCGGCAGCAGCAAUAGUCGUCAUGGGAGUAGUAAUCAAUUCUCGCGAUAAAACGAUCCAAUGUGAGGUCGAUGCCCGUCGCGCGAGUCCCGCGGUUGACAGUGCGCCGGCCUUUGUUACUGCCGAGCUGUUGAAGAAGCACAGCACUGAAGACAGUCUCUGGGUAGCAGUGAAUGGUCAGGUCUGGGACGUGACUGCAUUUGCAGCUAUACAUCCUGGUGGAGCCCAAGUAUUGAUAGAUAAUAGCGGCAAGGACGCUAGCAAACUCUUCAACGGAAUUCAUCCUCCAGAUACGCUCAAGCAGCAAGUCGAUCAUGUCCGAUUAGUCGGCCCGCUAGAUCCAAGCCUGGUAAAAAAGCCGGGCCAGGAGCGAGAUGAGGAGCAAGAGCGGAUAGCGGCGAAGCGCGCGACGCUAUGUGGCGUGGAUUCGGUAGUCAGCGUCCCGGACUUUGAGAGAUAUGCCCGCGACCUGUUGACCGAUGAUGCCUGGUACUACUACUCGACCGGCGCAGAUGCGGAGCACUCUAUGCAUGACAACAUGGCAGCGUUUCAGCGGGUGCGGUUCCGACCAAGAGUCUUCCGAAACGUAGCUGAGCCUGAUACCUCGACUACCAUCCUGGGCGUUCCGAGUGCUAUACCGAUAUACGUCUCGCCAACUGCUAGAAAUGGAUUGGGUCAGCCCGAUGGAGAAGUAGCAGUCACGCGCGGGGCGGCCGAUGCUGGGAUCAUGCAGGUGGUCUCGCACUAUGCGUCAAAAUCUUUCGAUGAGAUUGCCGCCGCGGCGAAAGAGGGCCAGAAGAUUGGGUGGCAGGUCUACCUCCAUCCAGACAGAGAGAACUCUGCCAAGGCGAUUAAGCACGCGGUCGAGCUAGGAGCGGCGUCUAUCUGGAUCACCGCCGAUACCGCGAUAUUAGGAAAGAGGGAGCGCGAGCGGCACAUGCACACCAAGCGCGAAGAGAUCCCGCACGGAACGCCCAUGUCGAGAGUCAAGAAGACCUAUGCAACCCAUGACCCCUCGAUAACGUGGGAUGACAUAGCUUGGGUCAAAUCGUUAGCGCCUGGGCUGCCCAUCAUCGUCAAGGGCAUUGGGGCGUGGGAGGACGUCGUGCUGGCUAAGCAGUAUGGAGCGGACGCGGUGGUAUUGUCGAAUCACGGAGGUAGGCAACUGGACACAGCUGCUAGUCCCCUAAAGACAUUAUAUGAUCUUCAUCAGAACCGCCCAGACCUCCUUCACAAGGCCGGACUCGAGGUUUACAUUGAUGGAGGUAUCACAAGAGGGACCGACGUACUCAAGGCACUCUGUCUGGGCGCGAGAGCUGUAGGUCUGGGCAGGCCCUUCAUCUACGCCGCGACAGGCUGGGGGUCCGAGGGUGUCGAAAAGGCGGUAAUGAUACUGCAGGAGGAGAUGGACAUCGGGAUGAAGCUGCUGGGCGUGACAAGACUAGACCAGCUGGGACCGGAAUAUCUCGAUUGUUCCAAGCUGUGA